AUGGUUUAAUAAUUAACUGCUAGUGAGCUCAUUCUAAUUCAGAAACACCUUUAUGACAGUAUAGUUCAAAUUAUCUUUUAAUAAUGGAAUCUUAGAGAAUGGUCAAUUAACAGAGAAAGGAGAAAAUAUAUUGCGAGAUGCAAAUAUCGACUAUUUGGAAAUAGAAGAUAAGUACUCAUUUUAAUCUUUAAAAAAACAAAAUUUAGACCAUUGGAAUCAUUUAAGUUCAAAGGCGAAGUUGAAGAUAUAUGGAAGGCGAGAUAUGAUUUUUACUAGAAGAAGAGAGUUACAAAAUUGAAGUAGCUCUACAUCAAAUUGAAAGAACAUGCCAAAAAGAAGACAAAAAUUGUAGAUAAGUCUUAUGAUAAAUUGACAGCAGUUGUUUACAAAAGAAACUUAUUUAGUCCAUAAAACUUAUCAAGCACCAAUGCAGAUUUCUUCUUAACUGAUAAAAGAAUUCCACCUCCUCAUAUGGACCUGGUGAAUGAAAAGCAAAAAUUGAAAAAGAACAUUCUUGAGGAUAGAAAAUUUAUGGAAUCAUUCGAUUAAUCCAAGGGUUCUUUUCACUUAAAGAGUUAAGAUUAAAAAUUUAAAAUGAGUAAUAUCGGUGAUACCCCACAUAAACCUAUUGAUAAACUUAAUAUGACAGAUAUCAAUUUCCAGCAGAAUAUAUCCACAGAAAGAAAUAAAUUUGCUAGAUGGCUUUAAAUUCAAGAAAAUGCUAGUUAUAGAGAAAGUGUUAGCAGAUAAAGAUAUUAAGACAAAUUAGCAAAGUAUCAAAAGAAACUUAAAAAAAUUGACAUGAAAUUUAAAGAGGAGGAAAUGAUGAGGAGGAGAACAAAUAGAUCGCAAUAAAUAAAAAGAGAAAAAGUUAAGUCAUUAAAGGAGAAACUAUAUGAAAAUAUGGAGUAAGAGUCCUAUAGAGAUUAUUAAGAAAGUGUAAUAAAAAAGAAAUAAAAUAGUUUGAUUGAUGGUGCAAAUCCUCACCAUUAAAGCAAGCUGCAACUUAUUGAUUAGAAUCACAAUCAUAAGAAUGAUCAAUCUAUGGCUAGAAUAAGAAAUAACUCUCAAAUCUCAGCAUCAAAUCACGAAAGAUCUUAUCUAUCUGCUAAUAAUGUAUCUAAUGCUACAUUUUUAGAAAAUGAUGAAUUUGUAAUAAGCCAUAGACUUGAAAUAAUAAAAGAGAGAUAGAAAAGAGUUCUGGAUAGGAGAGUUCUUUCUCAAAGUUAGAUAGCUGGUAAAGCCAAAGAACAUUAUGAUAAAGUAUAGGAUCUUCGGAAUAGUUAUCUUGCUAAGAUGAAUAAUGAGAAGCUAUAAAGAUGGAAUUCAUUACUUUUAAAGGACCACAAAAUCAUGCAGAAAUAAAAGAAAAAUUAGGAUAACCUUAGAUAGAGGUCAAACUAUUUCAGAAUGAAAGCUCUCUAAAUGUAUGAGAAAAACUAAUAGCUAUCUUCUGCUAGGAAUUAAGAAAGAGAUUAAAAACUAGAUAAAAUAGUCAAUCAAUUUCAUAAGAGAAUAGAUAAGUAGAUAGAAAAAUGUAAGCAAUAAACUUAAGUAUCCUCAUUGGUAAAAAAGGCAAUUAAUGACGAAUGGUUUUCUAUAUACAGACGAAAUGUCUCUAAAUAAAGAGCUUAUUAGAAUUUGUAUAGUAGCAGUAUUAUGAAAAGAUAGCAGGAAAUUGACGCAACUAAUCAAAAGCUGAAGGAUUAGAAAGCUUAAUUAGUAAAGAUCUCAUUGAUGCAAAAUAAUCUAAGGCUAGAGCAUAAAAGAAAACUUCAAAUGAUGAGCCAGCCUUCAAGUCCAUUAAGAAAUAGAACUAACCUUUUGAAUGGAGGACUUAGUAAUAGCAUCAUUAAGGGUCUAGACUCUGUACUAAUGACUUAAGCAACCAAUCCAAUCCUCCCUUUAAAGUAAAUUACAUCUCAUGCGAAUUUCAAAAUCAGAGAUACUCCUGUGUCUUAAAACCGCUAAGAUGGUUGA